CAUGGAAACGUAAAGAAAACGGGCACAGUACUGUGCAGUGAUUUCCUCAACACACUCAGCUAACUUGCGCAUUAAACCAGGAUUGUAUACCACCGGAAUGGACUUAAACAAUGUCAGGCGCGUGUCCUCCGCGGGCUACCGGCUACCGGAACGAGCCUACGGGACCAGGCCGAUAACGACCCAGCAGCCGGCGGACAGGACGCGCCACGCCGGCGCGGCGUCCGCGGAGCCGAAUCCAGACAGGCGCGAUCCCGUUAAACAGGACCGAGUGUGGAGAGAGGCGGUGUGGGGCGAGAGGAGAGGAGUGCGGGAGUGGGAGAAGAAGUGGAACUUUCUCAGGAACUAUGAUCAGAUGGGCCAGUUGAAGCCGGAGGAGCCUUUGCCCAGCUACGUGUCGCUCUUCUCCAACCGCGUCCCCAACACCAGCAACCAGCUGGUCGGCAGCAGGCUGUCCUCUCCGCUGGGGAGCGAGCUGGUGAGGCUGGACAGGCUGUCGCUCUGGAGCCACCACAAGCGCAUGCAGGACCCAGAGAUGCUGCCCGGCUAGACCUGUUCACCCGAAGAGCUGUCACUUGGAGCUUAGAUGGGGUUGGCAUGGGGGGGGACACUCGCCAUAGCUCAUGCUUGCUGAUGCUGUCAGAAUAUAUUCUAUUUUUGGUGUUAAAUUGGUUUUAUGUUUUUCAUUCAAUUUUUAAAAAGCUGUUACAUAUUGUUACAUGUUUACCAGGAGCUCUAAGCUACAGUUCCACAGAAUUAUAUUCAUAAAUUGUGUGAUUUUCACUAUGAUGUAGCUUACCUGCAUGUUAACGUGAGUGGCAGCAUAUCUCAGGUUGUUGUAGGCUACAUCUGCUUUAAAACAAUGCCAUUAUGUAUGAUGCUAUGUUCUAAACUGCCCCUUUUGUCUAAAUUUGAAGAAAAAAGUGUUGGUCCCCAAACAAAUUGGAAACGCGUAUAUGAUCUGGAUCGAAGUCAAUGUCUCAUUCAAAUAAAGCUUUCGCAUUUUAUAGUCUGGGUGUACUUGACUGAGUUUAAAUUCUAGAUGACACCCUGUGUGCCCUGUGUGAGCACAGCAGAUUAUACCACAGCGUGCAUGUAGCAUUUGAGUAGUAAUAGUACUUCGAUGCUUUCCAUCAUGUGACCUCACAAUGUCGCCUAGUUUCCAACAUGUCGAAAGGCAGACUCGUUUGAACGAGAAGACCGGAA